AUGUCUGGUUUAAGUGCUGAUGAUGCAAUUUCAAGCGUUGUGAUUGAAUCUGAGUACUCAUGCCGUUGCUUUUCACUAGUUGAGAUACAAUCAAUGACCAACAAUUUUAAUGAAGAAUUAGUUAUUGGAAUUGGUGGAUUUGGUAAGGUAUAUAAGGGGUUCAUCGACAACAGUGCUACAGCUGUUGCCAUAAAGCAGUUGAAAGCAGAGUCCAAUCAAGGAGCAGAGGAGUUCUGGAAUGAGGUCAAGAUGUUGUCUAAGCUCCGACACACUCAUCUUGUUGCUCUGAUUGGCCAAUGCAACGACUGCCAAGAAAUGAUCCUUGUUUACGAAUAUAUGGCUCGUGGGACCCUAGCCGAUCAUCUCUAUAAUAGAAGUAGAAACGAAACUGAAAUUAGUACUUUUCAUCUCACAUGGGAGCGAAGGCUCAACAUUUGCAUCGGUGCAGCAAGAGGGUUAGACUACCUUCAUACUGGUACCGAUCAAAGUUUCAUACACCGAGAUGUGAAGACGACAAACAUUCUGUUAGAUGAAAAUUGGGUAGCAAAGAUUGCAGAUUUUGGACUGUCCAAAGGCACUACAAGCAAUUCAGCAACCCAUGUUAGCACAAAAGUCAAAGGUACAUUUGGGUAUUUAGAUCCAGAUUAUUUUUAUACCCACAGACUAACCAAGAAAUCUGAUGUGUAUGCUUUUGGUGUGGUGUUGUUGGAAGUGCUCUGUGGGAGGCCACCAGUGGAUACAAGCCUCAAGGAAGAGGAAAUUAGUUUAAUCCUUUGGGCUCAACAACACAUUAAAAAAGGAAAGGUUGAUCGAAUCAUUGAUCCCUCAUUGAGUGGACAAAUAACACCACAGUGUUUAAAGUACUUUGUAGAAGUUGCCUACAAUUGUUUACAUACUAGUCCAAAGAAACGGCCUACAAUGGGUGAAGUGGUGGGGACUCUUGAUCUUGCAUUGGUGUCACAACGUAAAGGAAGGUCGGAAGGAAUGAUUGGAAAGAUGUUUAAGGGUAUUGCAAUUGUGCCAAAAGUGUACUCCAUGGAUGGAAAAUUGACAGCAAAAUCUGAUGUAUAUUCAUUUGGUAUGGCCAACCGGCGACCCUCAAUAGACAUUGUGGUAAGGAGCCUUCAAUCUGCAUUACUACUACAGGAGGCUUGGGAGAAUCAUUGUGAGAUUGGUGCUGAGUUACCUGUGAUUGACCUUUCUUGUUGUAGCGUUUUCUCUAUUGAUGGUUACAUGACAGUUGGUGGGGUGAGCCUUUUUCCAUCAAAUAUUGAUGAUGAUCUUGCUUCAAAUCUUGACGGAGGAUCGAAUGGGUACCUGUCAGAUCCAGAUUUUGAUAAAUUGAUUCGUUAA